CGGGGUGGAUUUUUGACGUAACUACGUAAGUGAAGGACGCACACAGACGUCACUCGAUUUAAUUUACAAACAAUCGGCAUUUACGACACCAAAACCUGUAUAUGAGUUGAUUGGCGAGUGCUCGCUGAAAACGGGCAAGAACAGCAUCCUCUGUCUACAAGUAUUGCAGUGUUUAGUGUUGGUGUACGAUUGUAUCCAGCACUCUCACCACGGCUGAUCCUGUACGGAAAUGCUAAAUGCGAUCGAAUCGUUUGCCAGUCGUGUCGGUCAUCGUCGUUGCGUUCGCGAUGGCCGCGUCUUUACUGUCAUCUGCGCCUGGUGCGGCGCGGGCUGGUUUUGCUUGCCUCAGCAGUCCUUGCGUGCACGGCGUAUGCGUUGACCAACUUAACGGCACAUACACUUGUUAUUGCAUUGAUGGUUAUACAGGUGUCCGGUGUCAGACCAACUGGGACGAAUGUUGGUCUUCUCCUUGUCUCAAUGGAGGACUUUGUCUUGAUGGAAUAGCUGAUUACAAUUGUUCAUGUCCUGAAGGCUAUACUGGACACGAUUGUGAACUCAACGUUAACGAAUGUCUCUCAAAUCCGUGCCAAAAUAACGGAACUUGUUUGGAUUUCACCAAUGGAUUCACGUGUCAAUGUUCCGCCGGCUACACUGGGACAAGUUGCGAAAUCGACUUGGCUGUGUGCAAUUCAACAGGUGAAAUACUAUGUAAGAACGGUGGCGAAUGCAUUGAAGGUCCUGGUGUGUCUUUUUCGUGUAACUGCUUACCAGGGUGGAGUGGGUGGACUUGUGAGGAAGAAAUCGACCAGUGUGAUUCUCGUCCAUGUAAAAACGGUGGUCUGUGCAUCAAUAGACAGACAACAUACUCGUGUGCCUGUCUUUUUGGUUACACGGGUCGUGACUGUGACGUGACACUGCGUCUGUGCGAAGAACAUGAGUGCCAAAAUCACGCACUUUGCUUAGUCGAGGACCAGAUAUCGGUUUGUUACUGUGUCCCGGACUAUCAUGGGAAAUACUGCCAAUAUCAAUACGAUGAGUGCCAACUAGGAAUAAGAUGUGACAACGGCGGGACGUGUGUGGACGGCGUGGACGGUUAUUCGUGUACGUGCCCGAAAGGCCUAACAGGCCAGUCGUGCGAGUGCGCGUUCCUGGACGAUCACACGGCCAAUUGCACUGGCGUCGUGGUGCCAUAUUACACGUCCAGUGGCACUGAGGAAACAACAACCACAACCGCCGCUGUGACUAUCACCGCUCCAGCCACCCAGGUGGACGGCGAAUACCCGACAUCAUUCGAGACUACGUUUGGAACGACAACGUCGCCGUCAGACGGCACCGGUUAUUUCAGUAUCUUCGUAGCUUCGACCACAUAUGCGGCGGACCGUCGCCCAGCGGCCACGUCCACCGAAAUGUCGCCCGAACCACAGCCGUAUACUGCCUACACGGAUGCGGACGUGGGCGAUGACGCAUACGACACGACCGUGACACAGUCGACCGACACGAUCCGCCCCGCUACUGAUCAGACGUCCUCGCCCGACAGUAUUCCCGACCAGGACACUACGACCACCGACGACGAUGGAGCGAUCAACACCUACGAGUAUGACGCGCCCACGAACACGCCCAAUCGGAGGUCGACCACCACCGCCACUGCAGUUGUGGCCAGUCGACCGGCCAUCAGCAUCUCGACGGACGCAACAAGUGAGGCAGCGGAUAUACCAAAACCGAUAAUUACCACCACCACCGCCGCCGCACAGUCGUCCAGAUCGACGAUUAAUUAUCGACAAUCCGUGGUCACCGACCGAGACACCGGCACGUCGUUCACCGCGUUCUACGAUGAAAUGUCCACGGAUUUCGAUUACAAUUUCACCAGCUUCGCAGUCCCGGUCACCGAUCGCGGUCCGAGUGUUCGGGACCGGAAUUGCGCCAAUGUUUUAUGUUUGAACGGGGGUCAAUGUGAAAAAUCAAAAACGGGACACAAAUGCAAAUGUACAUUUGGGUGGAAAGGUGAAAUAUGUAAUGAGAAAAUCGAUAUCAAGGUAUCUGCGUUUACAGGACAAUCAUUUCUCAGCCAUCGACUCUCUAACCGUUCUGGUGCUGAAAUAUCAAUGGAAAUACGAACCCUAGCGCCAAAUGGAAUUUUAUUUUACGCACAAGUUACCACACACAUGUACAUGUGUCUUUAUUUACAGGAUGGUUUGUUAAAGUUUCAAUUCUCGUGUGGAGUGCAAACAAUGUUAUUCAGUGAAACCAGAUACCGAGUGAAUACGGGUCAUCGCCUGUUGCUGACAGCCGCUUUGGAGCAUGCCAUGUCACAUUCUAUGUCCGACCACUGUAAGGCGUCUCUUAGGGUAAACGAAACGCUGGCUAUGAGCGGUGAACAGGCGGCAGAUACGGCGCCGGAGAAAGCAAAAAAAGUGGCAUUGUUAUAUUUGGGAGGACUUCCGGCUGGUCAAAACGCUACAGCUGAACUUCCCGUCGCAGUAGGAAUCACUGGUUGCAUAUCGCGUUUACAAAUUGACGAAGUCGUUCACAACGUAUACGAAAAUGCCACUGACGGGUAUGGCGUGAUCGAAUGUGCUUCAUUGACGUGCUUGUCCAGUCCCUGUCAAAGUUAUGCUACUUGUGUAGAGUUCGGAGACUCGUGGAACUGCCUGUGUCCAUCAGGAUUUGUCGGGAAAAAUUGCGAGCGGUCAGUAUGUGAAAACAAUCCAUGUAAAUUUGGCGCCACUUGUGUGAUCUACCCCGGAAGUGGGUUUAUUUGUUUGUGCCCACUUGGAAAACAUGGAAUGUAUUGUGAGCAUGAUCUUGAGAUUGGAGAACCGUUUUUCCCGGGCAGCGUUAGCGGACUUUCGUCGUUCGCCGCAUACUCCAUACCGGCUGAGAUCCAUCAAAGUUUCGAGCUGUCGAUGCAUUUCGUGCCGAAUUUUAUGGACCAAAUCGCUUUGAUGAUGUAUAUAGGUCACGACGCAUCCACCGAUCACGUAGCCCUGAGUUUUAUCAAGGGAUAUAUUGUACUGACGUGGAAUCUUGGUGCCGGUGCCAGAAGGAUUUUCACGCCAAAGCCGAUAAACUUUCAGCCGAAAAGGGCGCAUGUCGUAAAAUUGGGCCGAGAUGGAAAAACUGCGUGGCUCAUGGUGGACAACUUCCCAAACGUCACCGGUCAAUCAGUCGGCCGCCUCUCUCAGCUUAACACAAAACCUGUGUUAUACCUCGGCGGUCACGAGUCUCCCGGAAUGGCUGACUUGCCACACGACUUACCACUGCACACUGGAUUCGUUGGAUGCAUGAGUGAGGUGAAGCUGAAAGCUGGUCACGUGACUGUCCCACUGAGUCUGUCACGUGCAUAUUCCACAGUAAACACCGGCAGGUCCGUUUCCCAGUGUUCGACUAACGAGUGUUAUCGAAACAACAUAUGUCAACACAACGGUGCGUGCAUUCAGCACGGUUCUUCGUUGGCGUGCGUGUGCGACGACGGGUGGUACGGUCCUGUGUGCUCGCACCGUUAUAACGCAUGUGACGCGAAUCGGCACAACUGUUCGGACGGAUCUACCUGUGUACCGGUGGGCGCGGGAUACGAGUGUGACUGUCCGGCGGGCCGAACCGGCAAACACUGCGGCCGAGAAGAGCGGCUGUCCGACGUCCGGUUUCUGGGCAAGCGGUCGUUCCUGUCUGUGUCCGCGGCCGCAGAGCUCAAUAUGCAGCAGUUCAGUGUUGAGCUUGAGAUCAAACCAUCCGUCGAACACGGCAUCGUGUUUUUCGUCAGACAUGACGUGGCGAGCAAGAAGUUCAUGUGCCUGUCACUGUACGGUGGUGUACUGGAAUUGAGGAUUUCUGUCCGAGUGGGUGAAACGAGACGUCAAGACGACGUACUGGUUGUCCGCAGCGGUCGGGUGUUGACGCUGUCGGAAUGGCAUAGCGUAAGAGUGGGCCGGUAUCGUCGCAAGCUGUACUUAUGGGUCGACGGGAUGGUUAAUUACGCCGUCUUGCAGCCAUCGGAGGGCAUUUCAAACUUUGACAAUCUCAUAUACUUCGGUGGUUUGCCGGAUCUGUCCCGCAUGCCACCCGGCUCCACGGCUGGACUUCCGGUUCCGUUCACCGGAUGCAUACGCAGACUGUCGAUCGACUACGAGACGAUACCACUCAACUAUUCGUCGAUCACUGCUGGUAGAAACAUAGCUGAUUGCGACGGUACGCCGUGUGGCGGUGACUUGUGCCAUCACGGCGGCAGCUGUUGGUUGGAUAUGGACAUGAAACCACACUGCCAUUGCCUUCAGGAGUUCACCGGAGAAUCGUGUAACAAGCAAGCCCCGUGCACCGAAUUUAAAUGUCAGAACAAAGGCCACUGCGUUAGUGAAAGCGGCAACACGUCGUUUGUGUGCAAAUGCCCACCCGGCUGGGACGGGCCAUUCUGUACAAAAGAGCUUCCAACUGGUCCACCACUAUUCAAAGGACAUGGGUAUUUAGUUCUUAGUAAACUAUCCUCACUAACUAAAAGAGAAGGUAAUGACGAAGCAACUGUGGAUAAUGAAACACAAUUCAUAAGUGUUAAUUUUUCAACUGUAUAUGACAACGGAUUGCUAAUUUGGACAUCACAGGAAGAGUGGUACAUGGGUUUAGGAAUAAUUAAUGGAUUAAUGACAGUAACAUGGGCACAGAGUUAUAAAAGACCCAAUAAAUUGACAGCACCAAUGUCAAAUAUAACCAAUAGUGAAUGGCAUACGGUGAGGUUGAAUGUCACAAAAUCAGAUAUAACAUUAGAAUUAGAUAAUUGGAUAUCAGAUCCAUAUCGCCACAAUAUAGAUUCUUUUAAUUUGAACGAUAACAUAAUUUAUUUAGGAGGAGUUCCAGAAGAGAAAUUUUUUUUAAAUGACAAACAAGAGUUAUUUAAAAACAAUUUUCGAGGAUGCAUUGAACAACUGACUGUUCAAGAAAAUGUUAUAACUGAUUUCAAACACUAUGAGAGCGUAAAUGUAGAUGUGUGUGAUACAUGGUGAAAUAGUAUCAGUUAUAUAAAUGUGA